AUGGACGAUGUCGUCUACAAGCCACACGUCGGACAAGUCAGCUCGUUGGCAGCAGACGUCCCUUCCAGGAUAAUGGCAAUACCACCCGCGCAGAGGUCUACGACAUAUCCGUUAGCCCGUUUUCGCACAGAGCUGAGCACAAAGUUGUGUACGUGGACUCAUCAUGAAAAGCUGGACCCACUCAUCGAAUAUAUCGUUCCUAUACCGCCAAUGCCCAAGAUUGUGGCGGCUACCAGGACAUAUGGUGUAGCAAGUAACUCACUCACUGGAUGGCGCCAUCCCAAGACUUCUGGGGCCAAGUCUGCGGCAAUUGGUGAUACUCCACCGCGACUGAGCUUUGAGGACGUGACCUUUCAGAUCUAUGAGAAGAACGCCGACAUUGGAGGCACGUGGUACGAGAAUCGUUAUCCCGGCCGUGCUUGCAGUAACCCUUCGCACACUUAUGUCUGGUCUUUCGACCCAAAUCCCACGUGGUCAAGCCCUUAUGCUUCCUCCUCCGAGAUCUACGAGUACUUCAAACGCUUCCAGUUCCGAUUCAAUCUAGGUGAGAAGACUAAACUCAACCACCAUGUUGUUGAUGCCACCUGGGACGAUGCAUCGGGUCGCUGGGAGGUGGUGAUCAAAGACCUCAGCAGCGGACAAAUCACCAAGGGUCAUUGCGAGGUUCUGAUCAAUGCGGGCGGCAUUUUCAACCACUGGAGUGCCGCAUGGAAUCAAAGUCUCGAUCUCACUGGCAAGCAUGUGGGCCUGAUCGGAAAUGGGUACACUCCUUCACGAGUCCCCUACGCCAUCACUGCCGGUGCCUGCUCAUCAGGUAUUCAGUUUCUGCCUGCCAUCCUUCCGCAAGUGUCUCACUGUACCACCUUCAUUCGUGAGCCUACGUGGGUCGCUGUUGCCGGUUUCUCAGGCUUCAACCCUCGCAAAUUCACCCAGGAAGAGAAGGCGGCAUUUUUGAGUGAUCCGAUCAAGUUGCAGACCUUGCGACGUUGGCUGGAGCAUAACGCAAAUAGAACUUUCCCAUUGUUCUUGGAAGAUGGCCCGGCGCAGUCCCAAGUCCACUGA